AUGAGAAAGAACGAAAAAAAAUAUUUAUUGAAACUUUGCAAUCAAUAUUUGAGUUUAAGUUUUAUUCAACUUUUUAUUGUUUUGCUUUGUGAUAAUUAUCAAGAAUUCAACACAUCGUUUACAACUUUGAAUUUGACAAUUUCUAAUGCUUCCUUUGAAAAUGUCACACAUAAUGGAACACAUCAAAUAUUAUUUAAAGAUUUCGUUUUAAAUGCUUUAUGGACAUUUGCCUUCAACUGGUCAUCGAAUUCAACAAAAAUAUUGGAAGCUAUCAAAUAA